UUUGAGCAUGACUCUGACAAAGAAGACUGUUAGCCAAAUAAAGUUAGAACUGGACGAUUUGGGUAUAGUAUACAGAAGUACUCUCCGUAAAGCUGAACUUCUUUCCCUGUUGGAGGCAAGUUUAACCCCAGUCACUGAAGAGUUGGAAAAGUCGGACCCUUACUCACCGCCCUACACCCGCCGAAGGACGACGAUGGCAACAGUAGAUUUACAAUCAGUGACCUCAAACCUACUGAAGCUAGAUAGCAGUCCUAUAAAACUAGAUGCCAGUCCUAUGAACCACGCCUCAGCUGUUAUCGACGAGCUGGAAUCUGCUGACCGUCAAUCAGAAGAGGUAAGUGUUGAUGUUCAGAUCACAAAGGAAGAUGUUGGUUCAGAUGAGCAUGUUGUUCUCCAAGAAGAACAAGUGACAGAGGAAACAGUGACAGAGGUUGAGGAACAGGUUAUCAGAAACGGAACUUCAAGUCCAGAAGAGGAGGAUGUCUCAGAUAUAACUGAUUCUGAUGAGGAACUUGAGAAAGAGGUGACUGAUCAGAAAGAGACCUUUAUCACUAAGACGACGUUUAAAAGAAGAUCACAGCGUAUCAAGAAGCAGCACGAAGCUUGUUCAGGAGCUCUCUUUAGUGACGACGAGUUACCGUCUCCAGAACCCCUGGUUGAGGUGGAUGGUCUCAGUACUACUAGCUCUCAGGACGAGAGAGCUGCUGAGAGAAAGAGUCUCGCCCUCAAAAUCUUCAUCGUAUUUAUUUUGUUGGCAGUUGUUUCCAACACACUCGCCUACCUCUACCUCUCCUAUCCGAGCAUUUCAGACACAAUUUCAGGAUUAUUCAAAUCAGCUGCUCAGCCUGAAAGCUCACCAACUGAAGAAUUAUAGACUCACAGAUCUGUACAUAUUACACUUAAUAUAGUCAAUUUUAUCACGGGAAGUCGCUAUCCAGUUGAGAAGUGAUCCACAAUUGAGGGUUAGGCACGAAAACCAGACAUAAUUGGAGUUACGAUUCAAGAGGAAGUGGUUUGUUAGUCGUGGACUUUCGUUCAGCUCAAAAUGAACCCUAGUGAGCUCUAUAAAUAACUAUACUGCCCUGAUUUGAACUCACUGAUGACAUAUCUGGACGAUAUAAAUACUAAACUGAACGGACCUCCGUAGAGAACUAGGAUCAAAGACAUUGCAAAUUGAAAUAAAUAUCUGUUCUUUUUAUUCAGUGCGGUCGUGACGAUGAUUUCAUUUAUAUUAUGUUGAAGCUAAAUGUAGAUAGGUUUAGUUCCUUAAGUAUUAAUUUAGUACAGUAUUAAUUUGUUCAGCACUAUUGUAAGACCGUAUUCUGUUAAAUAAAGUUAAGUAACAAUUAAAAGUAACUUAACGGAUAGUACAGCACCAGUUGUUUUCAUCAACAUUUUUUGCGUCAUUUUGUGCUCGAAUUGG